GAACGAACCACCAAAAAGAGGGGAAAGCUGGACUUACCAUUGAGUGCGACAUAUAGCUGAACCAUCCAUCGAUGCGAGCGAGGACCUAGCAGAGGAGACCGAUUAGGCUGAGUCGACCAGUUUGAGUUUGGCGGCGAUCCUGUCGAGAGGGACAUAAAACACAGCAGGCGAAACACGUGUAACUUAAAAGCGAACUUCGGUUUGGGGUUGUGGGAAAGGAAAACCCAUCAUAGCAAGCGGUGUGGCUUGUGAGUUAUUGAUUUUUCCUCUGCGCCUCAUCGCAGCAACCCACUUUCGGCUCAGCCCCUUCUCGUUGUCGCGGCCUCCUAUGUUCAUGUUCGGUAUAGUGCAGUGCGUUUAAUAUUCUCGAACUUGGAAUAGUGCAAUUGAACUAGUGGAUUAAAGUGGAUCUUUUGGAUAAAACUGAAUAAACAUGGGUUUACGAAGACGGACCAUCGAUUCCGUGGAAACGGUGCAUCGCGAACCGCAGGUUCAUCGGGAAACUUGGGUUUCCACUAACAAGAUUCUCAACAGUAGCCUCAUUAGUGCGAAGCGCAUGAAUAGUCGGAAUCCAAAUUUCGAUUACGAUGAAACCAAACUUCUCAUUUCUCUCUGGGGUGACCCUCAAGUGCAAAAAACCCUAAUCACGACCCACAAAAAGCACCCGGUAAUCGCAGAUCUGGCCAAAAGAAUGCGCGAACAUGGAUACAAUCGGUCAACGGAGGAAAUUAACACGCGCAUCAAGAACCUCAAGUGUUUCUACAAUCGAAUCAAGAAGGACAUGGCCGCCGGAAUCAUCAAUCAAACCACUUGGAAGCAUUACUCGGAAAUGGACGAAAUCAUAAGCCGACCGGUGUUUGGAAAUGCCCACCGGAUGCACAUGAUGCAGCAGCAAAAGCAGCAGGAAGAGCAGGAGGAGCUCAAGAAGCAAAUCCUGGAACAGCAGGAGCAGAUGCAGCGCUUUCCCGUUAAGCUGGAGGUGAUGAGCGAUGACGAUUCGACGGAGAUUCGGGCGGAGGAUUUGCUGACCAUCGAUACGAAUCCGCCACCGGAUGACGAUGGAGACGCGCUAAAGAAGGAGGAGCUGAACAUUAAGGAUGACUGCGAGAAGAAUGGUCUGGGAGCAUCUGGGGGUGGCGUUGGAGACGAAUACGAUGAUGAUGAUGAAGAUGACGACGAUGAUAGCGACUUUGAUGUGGAAAAUGAAUUCAACGAUGGCCUUGAUGAAAUACUAUCAAAAGCAAGAUCCGCCGUCAAACCAUCAUCUGACCCACCCACAAAAGACCGAUCUAGUCCGCAGGUGACCAUCAAUGGAUCCAAACCCCCAACUCCAGUAGCAUCCGUCAUGACGCCUAAUACUACCGCUACGACCCAGGGAAAGAUAUCCGUUGUUCCAACCAACCUUUUGCUGAAACCUCCCACAUCCAGCGUGAGCAUGAACACCCCCAUACAGAUCUACACUCAACCAACUAUGAGCUUGGGAGCCUCCACAGCGCUCGUUCACACGUCCCAAACGUCCAUCACAUCCACCGCACCCACACCUGGAAUGGCACCAAUGAAACUGUUGCUCGUGAAUACCGUUUCCAAAGAUGGGACAACGAAGCAAAUUCUAACGCCUGCUUCGGAACUUCCCCAGAUGCCACAGAUGCGACCCGCUCCCAUGCUUCAACCGAGGCCUUCUAUCAUUCCAAUCGCACCGAAACCACCCACGGUCAGCAUUCCGGCCAUCAACGUCUCGCAGAAGCCCAUCAGCGUGAUGCCUACAAUGACUGCAGCGCCAAAAGCACCAAAGGCGAUACCAAUUCCAGUGCCGCCGGGAGAAAAGUCUCCUGGGUUCAAGAAAAUGUUCAGCCAACUGGUGGCCGUUCAGCGUGAAAACCUCGCAGUUUCCAGAGCGAGAUUGGCCCUCGAGAAGGAGCGACUCGAGUUCGAAAAACAGAUUGGUGGUCCAUUGGUAGAUGUGGUACGCAGUUUGAGCGGUUUCUUCAACGGCUUCUUGCAGCAACACGCCCAACAAAAGCAUGGUCAGAUCGUCAACGGAAGUAACGGUCAAGAAAAGGGACAACCGGCAGCCAAGAAACGACGAACUGAGGGUAGCGUUGAAAAGCCACAGCAAUCUACGGUUACCACCACCGAUUCUGUGAAAACGGAAGUGAUAAGCGACGAUGAUAACUGAGAGUAGUUAAAAUUAAUUUCUUCGGAUUUAUUCCAAUCGUCGUACAGACCUUUUUUUGUUUUUGUUCCACGAGUUUAUAAUUUAUUUAAUUUAUUGCUGUAGAACUAGCAACAAACUUGAAUUCGAUAACAGUUUGCUGAACUAAAGAGUUAAUAUUUAACACAC